CUCCUACCCUCUCGCAAACGGACACGCGAGUGUGUAUGCGUUGCACGUGUGUAUGUGUGCGCGAGAGCGAGCCUCUCCUCAUCCGUGUGACCUGCGGUUUCUCCGGCGUUUUCCUACCCUUAAUAGCGAGCACGCAGGGCUCCUGUCCGCCGCGGCUCGUCACUCUGCGCCGCGAAGCGUAUCGCGGGACACGAGGGUGCGCACUGCUCUCUCUCUCUAGCACGGCCGAAAUAUUGUCAGCGCGCGCCGACGCUCUAACGUUACGUCGCGCGAGUCGAAAUUCCGACGCGAACGUGUCAUCGCGUCGCGCUUCGCUCGCGGAUCCCGUGAUUUUUUUUGCGACGCGAAACCGACGCCGUCCGAGCGAUCCGACGUACGCGUAAGCUCUUCCUCCGCGAACGUCGCGUUUCGUUGGACCGGAUGGGGGACGAACGUGCGACGAUGACUCUUCCCGCGAUAUGACGGCCACGCAACGUUUGUGACGAGUGCCCGACGAUCAGUGGAAGUGACUCGAGGAAAGUGACGGCAUCGAUAGCGCACCUUGGCCUGGUGUUGCAAGCGCGAGAAACGCUUUGCGCGCACGAGAGACGAAAGAGAGCGGAAGGAGAAAAGGAGAGGAGAAGUUAUCAGGCUGGAGCCGACAGGGGUGGUGGUGAAGAAGGAGAGAGCAAAAGAGAGAGAGAGAGUGCUGAAGAUAGAGAGAGGGGGUGCGAUAGGUGGCGGAAGGACGAUAGGGGGAGAGGACGAAGGGUGGACCCUCCAAGUGUCUUGUCUCCUAUCAUCCUGUCGUCCAGGGUAUCGCUUACGAAUGUCGCGCGAUCGAGCGAUCCGUCUGCGAUCCACGACGACGCGCGAGACGCACGUCCUGGCGACGGCCGCGCAUCAUCUGCCACUGACGAACCUCGUCAUCUGAGUCACGAUCAACGCGCUGUACGUACCUGUGUGUGUGUGUGCGUGUGUGUGUGUCAUCCUGAUAUGCGAUCCUCCACCGAGGACGGGCCGCGCGAGACGGAUUCCGCUUAACUUCCGUCGACCGGUCGGCCACUUGCUCCGAAAAACGUCGAGAAGAGGAAGAAGGACGCGCGGCUGCGAGGAACGGAAGUUGGCUCAAACAAUCGUGUCGGGCUAGCUGAGCUAGCCGCGGAAGAGCUGCCGCAGCAGGAGGUCUCCCCGGGUGGCCAGGAACGUAGGAUGUCCGGCGAGACGGAGAUCGAGGUGUCGGUCGUGUCGGAGGAGGAUCUAGAGCUCGAGGGCUCCAGGAGCAGCUCCACGCCGGCGGAGCUGCUGUUGCAGGAGAAGAACGGCAAGUCCGGCUGCGGCUUGAACAAUCACCACCACUCGUUUAGCUUCGACUCGGUCAGCAAACCGGCGCUCAGGCCUGCCUGCAAUCCCCAGUACACGUCCUUUAGCAUCUCCAGCAUCCUCGGCAGACCGGAAUCGCCGCCCGUCGAUUCGACAACGUCCACGGGUUCCGGGGAGAGACAGUCGUCGGACGUCGACCGAACGUCCCCGCUGGCGCCGGCGAACUCGCAAAACUCGCAGAGGGUUCCACCGUCCUGCGGCAGCCCCGGCAGAGUCUCGUCCUCGCCAACGUCCCUGAGGUUGUCCGGCGGUCAGCGCGGGAUCCCUGCGACCGGCCACACCGGCCUGGAAGCCAGAGCGAAUUCCGCGAGUAUCGGUAUCGGAUGUGCUACCAGCCCGACCGCGACCUUCUCGCCGCCCGGCGACGCUUCCGCCAAUCCGCUGCUGGGACACCAAACGUCAGCGGACCUCGCGAUGCUAUCGAGAUUGAUAGCGAGCCGAUACCCGGUCGGCAUCGGCGGCCUGUUCUACCCGUCGACGCUGCAGCAUCUCCAUCAGCAUCAGCAGCAGCAGCAUCAGCACCAUUCGCGGCUGGCCGCCGCGGCAUCGUCCGCUCUCAGUAACGCGGUGCAGGUCGCCGGCCAAUCUCCGGACAUCGUCGACGCCGACGGUAUCCGCGGCGUUCUGCUCGGCGGCGCCGGCUGGCCGUUUCCCUGGAGGCCGACGCACAGUCUGCAAACCCUCGAGCAUCCCUCGCCGAGCGACGUGGUCGGCACCCUCAGCCGCGUCAGUCCCGCCUCCGCGUCUUUCCCUCAGCGAGACGAGCUCGACGACGAUAACGGCGACGAUCGUUUGCACCGUGCUAGGAGUCCGUCGAGCGGCGACGAGGUUCACGAUGAUCUCGGCGAAGCGGACGAUUGUGCAGACGCCGACGGCGAAGGCGAAUCCACCUCGACGAGCCUUCACGGUACCUCGGCGGGCGGGGGUGGCGGCGGCGGCGGCGGUGGCGGUGGCAACAAUAAUAGCGGCCAGAACAACGUGCAAGUCGGCGUGGACGGUCGCGAGUCGAAUAGCAUAAAGCGCAAGAAGAAGACGAGGACAGUAUUCUCCAGGUCGCAAGUGUUCCAGUUGGAGAGCACGUUCGACCUGAAGCGCUAUCUCUCGUCCUCGGAGCGAGCCGGUCUCGCCGCUUCUCUCAGGCUCACCGAGACCCAGGUGAAGAUCUGGUUCCAAAAUCGGCGGAACAAGUGGAAGCGGCAGCUGGCCGCUGAACUUGAGGCCGCGAAUAUGGCGCACGCCACUCAGAGGCUGGUCAGGGUGCCGAUUCUUUAUCACGAGGCAUCAGCCGGCACCGCCACAUCCGGCGUUUCCGUAUCGGUGACGGCGCCAGGACCCCCGGGUCCGCCGGCGCCGUCGUCGGUCGGCGCGACCUCCGCCUUGUCGCAUUCGGUCGGCGUCGGCGUGGGCGUCGGCGUCGGCGUCGGCGUCGGCGUCGGCGUCGGCACCUCGUGCGCGCCCACCACGGCGCAGCCCAUCUUCUAUUCCCAUCACCAUCAGCACCACCAUCACCAUCCGGCGGCGGCCCACGUGCAGGCGCACAGUCUCCUGUCCCACCAGGUGCACCCGCAACCGCCACCCCCACCCCCGCCGCCGCCCAACGGCCAACCACCGCGGACGUCCUCGCAAUAACACCGUCCGACUUACGAGGGUAGCGUGCAUCUGCUGCGGGAGACGACGGCGCUGAACGAGAUGAUCCCCGUCAAUGACGCGAUGACGACGACUUCGUGUCUGGGUCGCGCCAUCAGGCUGAUCGACGUGGACGAGUAAAAUACGCGCGAUACGGGCCUCGCGAUGGUCCGCAACAUUCUUUAAAACCGAGCCCGCGACACAGCUGUCCCCUCGGCGGUAAUCGAGAGCGAUGGAACUCGAAUGGUUUUCUAAUACGGACUAUGGGCGAUGUGGAUAAAUGUGAGUAUAAGCGGGGAAUGUAGAGUCUUUAUACAAAUUACAUAAGAAGACUAAGUUAUGUAAAAUUUAAUGCUGAAAUUGUACUCUCUACUCUCCUGGA